AUGGCUGAAGAUGACGGAAAGUGCACCAGAAGAAGAGGAACUGGCUUCAGUGAGGACGAAACAGAUCACUAUAGCAUGGAUGGAGAGCAAUACACUCAGGUGGAUGAGUUACAGACUAUUUACUAUUUGAAUUCGAUGAAUGAGUUGGCUGAGUCAUUCUAUAACAGGGUUGCAGAGAUGGACGAGAUGAACGAGAUGAUUGAGAAAGAGUCAGCAGUCGUGGAGUAUCGCAGGGAGAAGAACAGGGCAGCAGCCAAGAAGUCCAGGGUGAAGAAGGCACUUUACGUCAAGAAACUUGAAAAAAGUGAGCAACUUCUGCGCAUAAACAUAGUUGAAUAUGAGGAAUGUGUAUUUCAAUACGAUUCACUGCUGAAGAUGGUGAUGGAAUAUGCACUAGAUAUGAUACACGCCAAUGAAGACGAAAGAAAUCAGGCGAAUUGGCGUCUACUUGACCAAUUGGAAGAAUACAGAAAUAGAACUGGAAUAUACCUUGAGAAUGUGCUGCACCUGGCCAAUACAAGGCGUCUUGUUGAAAACGAGAGCAUCGAUCGUCUCUGUGAGCUGCUCAAGGAAGCAGUUUCAAAAAUUACUCUUCCAAACUACCCCCCAGAUGAAACCUGA